CAGGCACCAACUAUAUUCGAUCAUCCUAUUUUUUGAAUCACUAGCUUUCACCCUCUCGUUGAAAUUCAUCAGUCCAAAAUCUUUCUAACAUCAUUUAUCAAAUUCAAUCUUUUCGAAAAUUGCUUCAAAAUGUAUCACGAUUUAAGAUGCCUUUGCAAUGACUGCGGACGCAGAAAAAGAUUGUACGCAUUGUUUGAUCUGCAACAGCAAAGUUGGAGUAUCGACAAGAAAUAGCGUUAAAAUAUUUGGCUCAACUUCUGUUGCUGCAACAGAAAAACCGCUAGUGGAUAUAAUAUGUUCCGUACUAGACGUAGAAUUGAAUAAAGAAAGUGUGCAUUCCUUGGUAGUCUGCAAAAAAUGCUUCAAGUUAUUCAAUGAGGUCGAUGAAUUGGAAAGUAGACUGGCAGAAGUAAAACUAGAAAUAUACACAAACUAUAAAAGAACGGCUCAAAAGUUAGCCAAUGCUGUUCAUCAAGAUGAAGAAGAAUGCAAUGACCACGAUUAUGUGGAAAACCUGGACAUACAGGCCUCAGAAUCACCUGGAAAUCCGAAAUUCAAACAGAAAGUUAAGAAAAAAAUCAACAAUUCUCCAAAAGUUGCCACCGACAAUACCCUAGAUAAGAACGUAUGUUUGGAACACUGUUAUUCACAGGAAGAGGAAGCAGCCAAUAGUCAGGCCGAGAGUAUGGAAAACAUAGAACUACUCGACGAAGACGUGCAUAGUGUAUACAUAAAAGUUGAAGCUGACGCCAACACCGACGUUUUGGAAACGAGAAAAUCCAAUGCAAAAAAAAGUAAACUUAAUAUGAAGACGGAAACCGCUCCAGAACAGCUAGUAGAGCGAGAUGGUUCAAUGUAUACUUGUUUACUAUGUACCAAUGAUGAGGAAAAAGCUGUGGGCGAUGCAAAAGCAAUCACAGCGCAUUUGAAAAAUGUCCACGAUGCGCGUUUGUACAUCUGCGACAUAUGCAGUAUGGAAUUCAGAAAGAGAAAUGAACUUUCCAUUCAUCUGGACGAUCACGUUGCCAAUGAAGAAGGAGACUUUCAAUGUGAAGUCUGCAACAGAAUAUUCAGUAAUUUACGACUAUUCAGAAUUCACAAAAGAGUUCACUACCCACAGGCAAAAUCUUGGCCAUGUGAAACCUGUGGUAAGAGAUACAGUUCCAGAAAUUUGUUAGAGGAACACAUUAAUACGCACACUGGUGUACGACCAUAUGCCUGUGAAACUUGCGGCAAAGAUUUUGCAUCAAAGUAUACUUACAAGGCUCACGUCAAGACGCACGAAGUGCGACCGAGACCUUUCGAGUGCCGCCAAUGCAACAAGACUUUUUUGAGUCAGCAAAACUUGAAUCAACACGAAAGAACGCACAAUGGUCUAAAAGAGUACGUUUGCCAUCAAUGUGGCAAAGCGUUUGGUUCCCCGCAUAACCUGGAGGUUCACAACAUAGUUCAUACCGGUUAUAAGCCAUACAUAUGUAGAAUUUGCGGUAAGGCAUUCGCGCGUAAAGCUGAGAUAAGGGAUCACGAACGGACUCAUACCGGAGAAAAGCCCUAUCAAUGUGAAUUCUGCGGAGCAACAUUUAGUCAAAGAUCGAACCUCCAAUCUCACAAGCGCGCGACACACUACAACGAUAAACGAUAUAAAUGCAACGAUUGCGGUAAAGGAUUCAAAAGACGUAGACUUCUGGACUACCACAUAAAGGCUGCUCACACAGGAGAGAGACCAUUCAAGUGCCCGACGUGCACCGCGACAUUUGUCUACCCGGAGCACUUCAAGAAACACAUGCGUAUUCAUACGGGCGAAAAGCCGUAUCUAUGCGAAGUAUGUGGAAAAGCAUUUAACAGCAGAGACAACAGAAACGCUCACCGGUUUAUACACAGCGAUAAAAAACCCUACGAAUGCUUGGUCUGCGGGAUGGGAUUUAUGAGAAAACCUCUACUCUAUACUCACAUGCAAACCCAGGGUCAUUUGAACGAUACAAUAGUUGUCAAUCAACCGCGAUUGACUACCGAAGAUGAUCAAGUAAUCACGAUACCGGAUGGGGACGUUGAACUUUUGAUGGAGGGCGCGGACCACGAACAGGAGACCGAAUUGUACAUAACCGAUUUAAAAGAUCACGUAAUUAUACAAGAAGGGGAUGAGAUAUACCAGGAAGGUAGCGUCCUAGGUAUUCCAUCGGAGGAAACAAUCGCGGAAGAAGACGUCGAUCAUCUCGUCGUUGACGGCCAGAUGGACUUCACUGAAAAUGAAGUAAUGGGAUGUAAAGCUGAAGAUUCCGAACACGUAGAAGAAGUUUAUAGCUAUAACGAAAGCGAAGACGGUUCGACAAUAGUUGUACCGACCACAUCGCAUUACGAAGAAAUUGUGGGGGAUAAAAACUCAGUACGAUUGGUACAGAUAAGAAUUCCAGCUUCCGCUACGGGGGAUGGAAGAAAUUGGUUAAAUUUAGUACAAACUAGUGAAAACACAUGAUAAAUAUUACCGAUUAUAAGUAUAGACCGCUUCCAGAAUUUAUGUCAAACGAAAAAUGAUUAAUCGAAUAAAAAUUGAUCAAAUAAAAUGAAUAAUAAUUCAAACAUCAAA